GGUGUUUCGUCGCUCUCUGGCGGGGCGUCAGCUCCAGAGACCGGGGGAGGGUAAGAACCGUAUUACCGGUCGGCUCCUCGCAGGUUCAGUCCGCCGACAUGAGGCUCCGUCUGGCCGGGGCCGUGCUGCUGACGGCGGCCGCAUACUACGUCUACCUGCCGCUGCCCACGGGAGUCUGCGAGCCGUGGAAGCUGAUGCUGCUGGACGCGCUGUUUAGGAGCUUCAUGAAAGCGAGUGACAUAGCCCACGCUCUGGGGGUGUGUCACCGGCUCCACAUGUUGAACCAGGUGGUCUCCUGGUUGGAGGAGAUCGAGGCUCGGUCCAGUCCCACCCUGCAUGUGACGGACUUCGACCUGGGCGGCGUUCCCGCCCGGGUCUUCCAGCCGAAAGGGGGGAAGCAGCUGAAGAGAGGGGUCAUAUACUUCCACGGGGGAGGAUGGGCCCUCGGCAGCGGACGGAUGCGAUCGUACGACCUUCUUUGUCGGAAAAUGGCGGAGGACCUGGACUCUGUCGUCAUGUCUGUUGAUUACCGUCUCGCUCCGGAGGCGGUGUUCCCGGAUCAGUACCACGAUGCGUUGGCGGCGUCGCGGGCCUUCCUCUCCUCUGAGGUUUUGGAACGUUACAGCAUCGACCCACAGAGGGUGUGCGUGUCGGGUGACAGCGCCGGGGGGAAUCUGGCCGCUGCUGUGGCCCAGGAGCUCAGCUCAGACGACACUCUGGCGGUGAAGUUCAAAACCCAGGCUCUGGUCUACCCUGUGCUGCAGGCGCUGGACUUCUACACCCCGUCCUACCAGCAGAACCGCGCCGUGCCCAUCCUCUACAGACCCUACAUGGCUCGCUUCUGGCUGGAGUACCUGGGCGCCGAUCGCUCCCUGGAGCCCCUCCUCCUCGCUAACAACCACAGCUCCCUAGACCAACCGGACAUCGGCGCCAGCACCCGAUCAAAACUGGACUGGACCGCUUUGCUCCCGUCCGAGCGCAGGAAGCACUUCAGGCCGGUUUUGAAGGAAACGGGGUCACCUGGAGUGAUGGGUGUGGUGCCGGGGCUGGUGGACGUGAGGGCGGCGCCCCUGCUGGCGGAGCAGGAGGUUCUGGGUCGGACACCUAAAGCGUACGUGAUGACGUGUGAGUUCGACGUGCUGAGAGACGACGGGUUGAUGUACGUGAGGCGCCUGCAGGACGCCGGCGUCUCGGUGACCAGCGAUCACUACGAGGACGGCUUUCACGGCUGCAUGGUGUUCGCCUUCCUACCGAUGAUGUCUGGAGUCGGACAGAGGAGCAUGGAGAACUACAUCCGCUGGCUGGACCAGAAUCUGUAGACUAGGAGUGCUGCAGAUCCUCUAACGGUCUGCGGGGAGAGUGUGUGGCACCAAAGACAUCCUGGAGCAGAAAGUCUGGUACUUCAGAGAGCUCCUCUUGGAUCUGUAGAGCGGGAAAGUCUUUGGUUUUUGUUAAUGGAACACACAAGGACGAGCGGAUCACAAAUCAGGCCUGUGAAUGUAGAGAAGGUUGAUCUGCUGUCCUCAGCUGAUGGAAAAAAGAAAAUCUAUGUGAAGUUUAAGAUUUUAAAACACAGAACUACAAAUUUAAAAAAAGAGAUGUUCCUGCUUUGAAGCUGCUCGCACAUUUAUCACGGGUAGAAGUUCUCACUAACUCGUCCUCAGUGUGAGGAUUUAAAGGUUUCUCCACUAGAGGGCAGACCGGACCAAAUCAUGCAGAAAGUCUUCCUCAGAGAAACUCUGAUUCUGCUAAAUGUAAACAAACAGAAAAACACUAAAGAGGCAUUUUUAGAUUCUCUCUUUCACUCUUUUAGUAUCACCUUUCAGUCAGACGUGUGUGAGAAUCACUGAAGCACAAAGCUUUCACACUGAAACCAAAAUGUUUCAAAUCAAGUGACCAAAGAAGUGAAGCUUUCACACUAACCACAGAAUCCAACGGUCUGCAGAACGACGGGAAACUGGAGGCUCAUUAUUCACAACAAAUCCAGCAUGUUCACGAUGUCUGUGCAUUCAACUCAACUUUAUUUAUACAGCAGAUUUCAUACAAACAAACAUGCAGCUUAAAGUGCUUCACAGAAUAACAGAGAGACAGAAAACUACAGAGAUGGGUAAAAUAAUAAAAGAUGUAAUGAUAAAUAAAAUACUUAAAAAUAAAAUAAAUAAGAGUACAAAGCAACAUUUUAAGUACAUUUUUAAGUAAAAAAAAUCUGAUAAAUACAAGAAUUAAAUAGAUCACUCAAUAAAUAAGAUUAAUAAAUGUUUAAAUUAUUAUUUAAAGGGUUAAAAUAAAUUUAUUCUCAAAAUAAAAAGUUAGAUUUUUGGCCUUUUUGCCUUUAUUGAUAGAACAGCUGAAGAGAGGCAGGAAAUGUGGGGAGUAGAGAGCGGGGGAAGACAUGCAGGAAAUUGACGACCGGCCGGGAGUCGAACCGGUGACCCCUGUGAUGAGGACUUUAGCCUCUAAAUGUGGGGUGCUUAGACCGCUAGGCCACCAGCACCCCAUUAAAACACUUUUUAAACGUCAGGAGCAGCGCAGUGAAGACGAUUCAGAGACUGAGACAAACACUAAAACUGAUUUAAAUACCAGUUUGAACAGGGAUGUGCAAACAGUUCAUCAGUAUGGUCACCAAAGUUGCACAUUUUCUUUAGCUUGAAGGACAACAGACCUUUGCUGAAUUAGUCGUGCACAAAUCUAAUAAUGCAAAGAUAAAAUGAAGUAUUUGAGAAUCAUUUUACAUUGUUUAUAUUUUAACCAGAGCUGCAGACAGCUCUUUAAAAAGCUCCUGUGUGGAGUUUAAAGCUGGUAAUGAAACAACCUGAAAUGAACACUGAGGCAUCUUUAAUAUCCAGAUUAUUCUCAAUAAGUGAGACAUGUGACCAGUAAAAGAAUCAUGGUGAUCUAAAUAAAUUAAAUCAAUAAAAUUAAAUUAAUUCAGAGAAAUGACAGAAAAUAAAAUGAUAUCAAUCAAAUAAAAAACAUCAGAUAAUUAUCAGAAAAUAAAAUGAAUAUAUAAUAAUAUUGAAUAUAGAAAAUGAAUAAAAAUGAUGCUAAAACAUUGGUAAUACUGAGAAUUAUGCAGUCCAGGGCUUGAAGGAGAUUAUUCCAAGUUAAAAGCCAGAUUAGAAAGUUAAGCCUUUAAAAACACAGAGCUGGCUGUUCUGAUGUCCAGUCUCAUGGGUCCUGUAACGUGGAGUUAUAUCUCGACUUGUGGUGAUGUAAAGAGACCUAAAAAAUAGCUUCAUUUGACCAAAGUCAAAGAUAAGGUGACAAUUUAUACUGCAAAAUAAUUUCUUGCAACCUCUGCAUCAAUUUAAACCAAAUUGCAAAACCUUCAAUUGUUUGCAGGUUGAAAAAUAUGCCGCUUCCUCCUCCUUCGCUCAAAGCAACUUUAGAACGAGUUCCUAGGUUAAACAUAAUGAUCCAUAGUUGUAAUUCAUGUUGGAACCAGCAGGAUGAAAGCGAGAUAACUAAGGCUCAAUAAUGCAACCACUAACUUAUACAUAUAAAUCCCAAGUUUGUCCACAGGGGGCGCCAAAAUCGACACAGUAAUAACAAUAAUAAUCUUUAUUUAUCUUGCACUUUUCAAAUAAGAAAGAAACAAUACAAGAUAACGCUUUGUAAGUUGGGACUACCUCUUAAAACGUUAGCAGCAUGUAAACUCCGACCGAAAUUUGGGAUUACAUCGGAAUCAGGCGACAUGUGAACGACGCCGGAGGGAAUAAUGAGCCUUCAGUCGUCUGCCGGAUUGAAUCCUGAUCUGACAAGUUCUCUUGGUCAAAGUUCCUCUUCAGCUUUUAUUCUUUUAUGAUGCACUGAGACACUGGAGCACACACACACACACUCACUCACACACACACACACUCACACACACACACACACACAAAGAAAAGUAUGCCAGAGUUCACAUCUGUGUAUAUUCACUGGAUUGUGCAAUAUUGUGUGUUUGACAGCAUCCCUCACUCUGUAACUUCACCCUCUGAUGACCACUGCACACGCACGGCCAAUGCAAAGACGAUGAUGAUGAUGAUGAUGAUGAUGAUGAUGAUGAUGAUGAUGAGAGCUGUGAAAUACAUGUGAGAAUUACUGUAAGACGUCCCAAACGGACUCUCGUGUUUCCCUCCAGACCUCUGCAGGCCCAAAGCUAACGCGACGGACUGACAGCAGCGAGACGGACGGACGGACGGACGGACGGACUCGGGGUUUGGCUCUCAGCCCAGAAACGCUGAGUGUGGUCAUUACGCGGUAAAACACUGGCGACCAGGAGAGUUUCUUCUUCUUCUUCUUCUUCUCUCUGAAGGACCAUUUACUCCCAACAUGUGUGAGCAAUGCAACGUCUGUACGCACACGCUUUUGUAAGCUUUCUAAAAAAAACCUGUUUGAUAUGCACACACUGUUGAAUAAAUCAUUUAUAUAUAUCAGAAAAUAUGGACUCAGAGAUUAGAUAAGGACGUUUGAAUGUUCCCAAGUGCUGUAAAUUGAGUUGAAAGGACACAUGAAAUAGUUUUAUAUUGUUUAAAUACGGUUUUAAUAUACGUCUGUUUAUGUAAGAGCUUGUUCCAGCCAAGAAAACAAACAAAAGCAGCCCCAGAUGUUCCCCUGCAGCGCCUCAAGUAGCUGCUUUUAUUGGCUCCUGUGACAACUGUUGUGGUAUGCAGAGGGCACCAUUACAGUGUUCUGUUUUCUUUAUGUCAUUGUGUUUUCCUCACGCACGCACAGUUUGAGUUUGGUGAAGUGUGUGAGUGAACGCACAUCAUUCCUAGAGAGACGAGCGGGCGCUGCAGGGGACGCCUGCAGAGGGCGAGCUGUGGCGGCGGGGCGAGCUCGAAGCUUUUAAUGAGAGUUUAUCUUUUUGUGAAAGACUUGAGAAGUUUGAUAUGUUUUGUAAGCUAAAUCUUCUGUUUUAAAUCAACUGUAAUUUUUGUUUCUGGUGUGGAUAUUUGUGGGUGAGAUGAUUAAAUACAGUCUAAAUAUCGA